GACAGGGAAGACAAACCGCAAGGCAUGUACUCCUUCCCCUUCCCCACUUACGGAGAACACUUUUUUCUUCAUUCUAACACUGAAUAUUUUGUCUCUUGCACGAGACUACAUUUUUCCUCAGAUCUGUCAAUAAGCCAAAAACCCAGAGCUACUUUUUGCUUUCCGGAUGCGUGCUAGCCACAUCAUAAUCAGAAAUUUAAGAAGAUUUUGUCCAGUUCAAAAAUUUGGAUUUUCGCAUUCCAUAAGGUGUUUAUUAUCUUCUGCGCAUUCAUUGCACAACCUAGCAAAUUGCCUUAAUUUAAAUUCUUGUAAUUUGCCUUUGCAUUUGCAUUUGAUUUGAGAAAAGCGCCCGGGAACAAAGUGGCGCGGUAACAGUCGACCUCCUCCAUCUGGUCUUUUCAAAAUUUCAUCAUUCUUCUUGGCAACAAAAACAACAAAAUGGCGGACGAAUCCUACUGCGUUGUCAAAACAAAAACCUCUAAAACUGGAUUAAUUUUGCAGACGUUGUUAUCAAGCCUUGAUUCGUGUCAUGCUACGGAACAUGUAUAAAGUUAUUAAAGACCAUCAACCCGGUGAGGAAAGUGGUGGUGGAUUGCUGCGAGUUGAGAAAGGAGAUAUUCUAAUUGAUUGCGAAGAAAUAGAUCAUGAGUGGCUUCGUGGUAAAAACAUGAUGAGUGAAAACGUUGGGAAAAUUCCGAAGUCGUAUGUCGAAGCGUUUAGUUCAAACAACGAAGGUAGCGAGAAUGAACCGUCAGCCGAAGAACAUUUGACUGAAAAUCCUCUCCUUGAAGCCGUCGACGAGUUGUUAGAUCGAGAUUACUCGGAAUGUGGUAACCUCACAAAAUACAAAGAGUCGAAUUAUGUGGAAAUGUCGUCGGGAGAAACCUUAAACGACGACAUCGAGGAAUCGGCUCCCGUCAUUUUGGCGAAACCGAUUAAAAAUGUGGCGAAUGUUCCAUCGCCACAAAAACCGCGACGUUGUGCUUACGACCCAAAAACAUCGGACGAUGGUUAUAACUCCGGAAGCCAUUAUAGUGGAGAAAAUACAGAUUCUAAUAUGCCUCUGUUACUUAAACCGAAAGUUAGCAAACAGGACGAGGCAGGCUACGAAGUACCCAACAUAGGGGAAGACAUCCCUCUCGACGAAGAAAAGUCACGUGCUCCGAAAACAAAGAGAAGGUCUAUUUUUCGGAUUUUGAAACGUAAAGGAACACAAGAGAGUAAGCUAACUGGUGACGAGGAGAUGCGGGACAAAUAUUACCACCCACCCACAGACUUUCGAGAUAGUUAUUUCUUACCCCAGAACUCGUUUCUGGUCAUUCGAAUGCUGUUAACUUUUAUUGCCGCGCUUGGUUUGUCAUUAACAGUGUUGUUAGUUUUAAUUUUAGUUUGCGGUCUCCACCCAUUGUUGUGUUUAACGUUAGCCUUUAUCACGUUUCUCAUAGUUCAAGUGACACCGGUGACGCUAAUCACCCGAGGAAUUCUGUGUGUAGUGUCGCUAAUUAUUACCAGUUUGGUGUCAACGCGUGGAAAAGUUGCCUUAGUGAUUUUUCUUUUUGUUAUGUUAAUAUCGGGUCCAGUCCUCGGCAUGAUUGAUUUGAUGAAAUUUGUUCUCGACUGCAACAGUGAUGUUUCAUUACGCGGAACACCGCCCACAACUGGGUCACCACGAGUGCAAGGCUAUUUAUCUGAUUAUACUCCUAUCCAAAGAAGCUGUUUGUCAUCCUUCUUGCCUGUGAAAACGUUUUGUGGAAGAAAUUAUGAUCGGCUGCAGGUCAUAUGCAAUAAGGGACGACAAUCGGACGACACCAAGGAAAGAAUUAAACUCUGCGCGAAACCUAUCGAUUAUUUUUGCAAUACAAACGAGACGUAUAUUUCUAUGUGUACGUUACAAAAGGGCAAAGUAGACACCACAAUUCUAAAGGCGAAAGAACCCAGUAGGAAACCUUCUUCACAUUUCACAAGAACGUUAAGGAAGAUAUUACUUUAUCUUUCACCGCUUCUUACUUUACUCAUCUUGAACGAUGCGUACGAAUAUAAUCGGACAUAUUUAGGCACAAAGAGUAAAGAUAACAUAUACAUCACCCAAAGAUUGAGAGAACUUGACCAAGAGAGGAAAAACCGUGGGUUAUCGGAUUUAAUAUUUCCUUUAACUCGGAUUGAGUUUCACACCUAUUUAGUGCGACGUUCGUUUACAUGGUCCAAGUCGGAGAAAUGGAGCGUGUUAAAAUGGCUUCUAAUGUACGUUAUUGUUCUUUUCGUUGCCGUAAGUUUAGUUCUCCUCGAAAAUAGAAUUUAUGUGUCGCUGUCACAUACCCAAUCAAAUGUUUGUAGAGCUGAAAAUGAAAUUAGAUAUCGUCUUCCGAUUUAUGCUAUUCUUGGAAUUCUUUUGCUUUUAAUUUUUAUUCAAAGUCACGUUCUCCGCAUGCGCAGUACGAUAUGCGAUUACUUUUACUCGGAUAUGGUCGACAUCCGAUCAAAACAUUUAUACUACAAAAUACUCCACGAUAGACAUACAUUUGCCCGACAUGUUCGACGAAAAAUCCAUCUGCUUUCAGAAGAAAAGCGACUGUCUAGAAGAAUAUCUUUCACAGCUAAAGUGUUUGACGUGUUACCUGUAAAACUGCAGAACAUGUGCAGUAAGCUCUCUAUGCGAAGGUGUAUGAUCUGCGAUUCGAUAAGUUACCACAAGACGGUGGAAUGCAAAGAACGAUCGUGCUUAGCGCAUUAUUGUUUCGAAUGUUUUAUUGACGCUGGGCAGCAGUGUUUGACAUGCAAGUCGGCUCACAAUAGUUCUUCUUCGUUAGCUGUAUAACUUAUUUAUUUAUUUAUCUUCAGUUUUACUGAUUUUAGUAAUUUACUCGGACAAAUCUUCGUGUGUACAUAUAUAAUGCCGAUGUUUUCUUUUACCUGCUUCCGUCA